AUGAGUUCUAACUCCAGACGUCAAGCAUAUCGUGCUGAGAAACAAGAUCACCGUAAUGAAUUGAAGCACGUCAAAAUCGAUGAAUCGGUUGUCGAGAAGGUUGACAAACUUUCUCUACCCAAGAAGAAGUUCUAUAGACAGAGAGCACACUCGAAUCCUUUCAGUGACCAUCAGUUGGAAUACCCAUUAAGUCCAGAUGCUAUGGACUGGUCCAAGUUGUAUCCAUAUUAUUAUGAUGAGGAUAAAAAACAAAUGACAAAGGAAGUUACUGUUGCUGAUAUCGGCUGCGGUUAUGGUGGUCUUAUGAUUGAUUUGUCUCCUGCCUUCCCGGAUAAGCUUAUCUUGGGUAUGGAAAUCCGUGUACAAGUUACAAACUACGUUGAAGAUAGAAUUAUCGCAUUGAGAACCAACCAUGCAAAAGAGAAUAAAGAAGCGUAUCAAAAUAUUAAUGUAUUGAGAGGAAACGCUAUGAAGUUCUUGCCAAACUUUUUCCACAAGGGUCAAUUAGAAAAGAUGUUUUUCUGUUUCCCUGAUCCUCACUUCAAACAAAGAAAACACAAGGCAAGAAUCAUCACAAAUACCCUUUUAAGUGAAUACGCCUACGUUUUAAGAGAAGGUGGUAUCAUAUAUACAAUCACCGAUGUUUUAGAUCUACACGAGUGGAUGGUAAGACACCUUACCGAACAUCCACUAUUCGAAAGGCUUUCGAAGGAAUGGGAAGGUGAAGAUAAAUGUGUAAGCAUAAUGAGAAACGCAACGGAAGAAGGUAAGAAGGUUGAAAGAAAUAAAGGUGACAAAUACAUAGCAUGUUUCGUGAGAUUACCAACCCCGGAAAUAGUGUAA